AUGAUGAAGAUAAUGAUGAUGAUGAUGAUGAUUUCUGUUAUUAUCAACUUAAGGGAAUACAACAACAAAAAGAAAAAUCUCAAAAUAGUGACUCUGGCAUUUUGCUUCCCUGUCUUGUCAUGUAUGUUAUUAAUUGAUAAUGAAGAUAAUGAUGCAGAAAUAAGGGAUGAAAAUAGUGAAUAUUUAUCAGACAUAGAGAUUAAUGAAACCAAUAUUGUGCAGGCUAUUAAUGAAAUUAAAAAUGGAGCAGCAGCUGGGCCUGAUGUUUGCUUUGUUACAUGUAUUGUAUUAAUCUUACAGGUGAUGGAUAAUCCUGGCCAUAGUUUAUUUGUUGGUGGAAGUAUACACUUGGAUAGUAUUAGACCACCUGACCCCGAUGAUGAUGAAGAAGAUGAAGAAGAAAAACGACAGAGAGAGGCGGAAAUACAAGGGAUGUUGGCUAAUGCUUUCGAUGACCUCGAGGAGGAAGAUUCUUUUGCUAAUACACACAGCCGGUAUUCAGCUGUGUCUAACCGGUCACAUGGUUAUGGAAAUAGUCACCCUGACACUCCAAGACCAGUGCAUCCUUUGCAGUAUACAAAUGAUUACCCAGGAAAUGCAGCUGAGAGAGAAGUCAUGAAUGAUGAGAGCUAUGCCAUGAAUAAUUGCUCCACUCAGAGUCAUGGUGGAGAGUCACAUCCUUCUGAUAGCCGUAGCCAAACUCCUUGGAGCGAUGAAAGUAAUGAUCAUUCCAACAGGUUUAAGUCCCUUUCAUACCAAGAAACUGCGAGAGAUUCAUUUCUCUACACAAAUGGAGAGGAUGGAUCCAAUAACCAGAGACACCUUUUUCUUGGACAAAGAGGAGAAAAUGACUGUGAAACACCCGUGUAUGAUGCCCAGAAUUUGAAAUCUGGAGAUGGCGUUAGUCAUUCAGAAGAAUUUCGGAUUGCAGAAGGUUCAUAUGAACAGUUAAAACUUUUAUAUGAAGCCAGAGGUCGAGAACUGGACAAUUUAACGGCUGAAUUAUCCAAAGUAAAAUCUGAAAAGCUCCGUGAGGUUAGAAUUUUGCAACACCAGCUCAGUCUUGUAACAGCAGAAUGUGAGACUAAGAAAUCAAACUUUAACCACUGUCAGAUUCUCCUGUCAGAAAAAGAGGAAAUGGUAAGGAAAUUAAAACUUGAAGUUGUUGAUUUAGAGAAGAAAAACCAGGAGAUAGAUAGUGCGAACAAAAAGAUAAAGGUAGAACUCGAAGUAGCAGAAUCAGUCGUGUCAAGUCUUGAAUGCCAAGUAUCCCAGCUUAGGGCAGCUGAUUGUUUAUCAAAAAAUCAACAGUUGCAUGAGGACUUUGUGAAGAAACUGAGACAAGGGAAUCAAGAAGAAAGAGACUUAUUGAUGAAUAAGAUACAAUCUUUGCAGAAAGAAUCGGACACUCACCAGCGAGAAGCUCAGACACUGAGAGAUGAGUUGAAGUCUAUGCGUAAAAUCCACGAUGAUCUUCUUGUGGAAAAAACAGAAACUACCACAAGACUUACAGUAACCAUAAGAACUUUGCAGAAUCAGUAUGAAGAUCUUUUACAGUCUCAUGAUAGUCAUAAGAUAAUUGACCUUCAGCUGAGAAAUAAAAGCUUAGAGUCAGAGAAAGGCCAACUUGGAGAAAGAGUCAAGAUGUUGGAAGCUGAACUGGAAAAAGCAAAGGAAGAAAUCAAAGGGUAUGAUUCUGCAGUCAUGAUUGGAUUGUUUAGUGAUGCCAUGCCAGGUGUAGAAGAUUCUAUGUCCAUUUUGGGAAUCAAGAAAACUUUGAAUUAUGAUGACACUACAAGAGAGGAGCCAAAGAAGUUACCCAAGGAACCCCUCAAUGAAGCUCAGCUGAUCGUGAAGAUGAAAGAUGAACUGAAGAGGAGUUUGGCUGCCAACAAAACAAAAAGAGAUGCCAUUGCUCGUUUGCAAGAGGAUAUUCGAGAAAAGCAAAAUCAGCUUAGAAAAGUGCAGAGUGAUCUUAAAUCUUCACAGACAGAAACAAAGGAAUUGAAAGAAGAAUUACUAAAACUGAAAUUUAAAGAAUCUGAGACAACUGAAAGAAAUCAGAAGGAAAGCAAUGAUGUUGAUCUAAAAAAUGCUAAAGCAGAAAAUAUUUCUUUAAAACAGGAGCUUAUAACAUUGUAUGUUGCCUUUGGAGAUAUGAAGAAGCAAGCUGUAGAAUUCAGUAAUUUUGUUAUUUCUCUCAGUGCAAAAUUGGAUGGUAACCUUGUAGAAGUUCCUGACAACUUCACUGGUUACUGUAAUAAAUUGCUAAAGACAGCUGAAAAGUAUGUUGACUUAGUAACAGAUUUUGAGCAGCACCAAAAAAUUAUUUCAGAUCUCCGUGAAAAAGUUUCAAAGUUGCAAGAGGAGUCUGGAGUUUGGGAACAAAGAGUCCGGGCCAUUGAGGCCAAAGUUACAGCUUCUUUAAAGAUGAUAAAAACAGCAUUGAUUGAUGAAAGCAAAGCUAGUGAAUAUACCCAUGCUCUUCAUAUCCUUCAGAAGCUUCUUGAGGAAAUAAAGCAACAGGUUGAAAUCAUGACAGAAAAUUCUUUUAAUAUUCAAGGAAAAAAUAUCUAUCUGGAGGAUAAGCUAAGAACAGUUGAAUUGGAGGUUGAGAAGCAAAGGCAGGAAAUGGCUCGUUUGACUGAAGAGAAAGAGUCUUUUAGAGAGGAAAUGACUACUUUGAGCAAAAAGAAAGAUGAGGAGAAGGCCUUGGCUUUGCAGAGUUGUCAGGAUACUUAUUUAAAGUUCCAUGAAGAUGCAGUGAAGGAGCUAGAAGUUAGAUUUAAUGCAGAAUAUGAAAAUACUGGUGCUAAACUCAAACAGGAAAUUAGUAGGCUCGCAGAAGAAUUAAGUAAUGUAAAAGGUCUCUAUCUAAAUGUGUGUGAGGAAAGAAAUGAAUUGGAAGAGCAGUUGAAGAAGCAGAUUGGUAGUGUCAAUAAUAUCUCUACUAGUGAAGCAACUAACACAGCAGGCCAGGGGAAACCAUUAGAAUUAUCAAGUUCCCAUUCUGUGGAGGACAUCAGACUUUACAAAAAAAGGAUAGAGUGUUUGGAAGGAGAGUUGGAAAAUGUGAGACUCAAGCAUGACGAAGAUAUGAAAAGGUUUGUUGCAGAAAAAAAGCAACUAAGUGAGCUUUAUCAGAUGAAAACCAAUGAUAAAGAAAUGAGCAAUGAAACAUCUUUAAAGGAGUUGAAGGAAAAGUGCUCAGCACUAGAAAAUGCCAAUAGCAUUUUGAAAGAAAAAAUAAAACACUGGGAAGAUGUUAGUCCUGUUUUAAAUUCGAACUCAGAUGUGGGAGAAAAUGCUUUGCCCAGAGGGCAUGAAAAAUGCCAGGAGUUGCUGAAAAUGCAGAGGUCAAGAUUUGAUGCUGAAAGGGAAGAAUUGCAGUCUCAGUUUCAGAAAGAAUUGGGUGACUUGAAAGAUAGACUUAGGGUGUCAAACGAAUUAAGGGCCAAAGAAGUGGAAGCUGUGAACUUUCACAAAGAUGCUUUACAGGAACAAGAGAAAAUUAUGAAAUCUCUUAGAGAUGAUUUAGCUACCCAGAGAGAAGGAGUAAAAAUUAGAGAUCAGGAAAGUGAACAAGAAGUUCGAAAACUAACGGACAUGAUAAUGAACCUGGAAAGUGAAGCAAGAGAGCAGCAAGAAGAGUUUAAUGAGAUAAAAGCUAAACUCCAGAAAGAGCUUCAGAAUCGCAUUAGUGAUGAGCAUUUUAUGAAACAGAAAAUUAAAUUACUGGAAGAAGCAGCUGCAUCUUCAAAACUUGUGUCGGCCAAGUAUGACUCUUUAAGGAGAAAAUUUAAGGAAUAUCAUAAAGCAUCAGAACAUCAAAGAGAAUUUCAGAAAUGUGAAAUAAAUAGACUUGAUGAAGAAUUUGUAACUUUCAAGGAAACUUGGAUAAAGCGAGUAAAGGAUUUUGUUGAACGAGCGAAGAAAAGGUUUUCCGCUUCAUCGGAAAGUACGAUUAGUGAGCUGAAGAAAUGUGAACUCGAACUCACAUAUGAUAGAAUUUAUCGUGUACGUCUGAAAGUGGAAGAGGAUUUAAAGGCUAUUUUGAACAUGUCUGUGAAAUGGGAAGUGAGCACGAAGGUGGUGCAGCUGGAGAGUUUGCUUGCUUCCAAGUCUUCCACUAUAAGGGAUUCUCCGUCAAUCUCGAGUGCUCGAGUUUCCCCCCAUCUCACGUACGUACGGCCGCCACGCCCGUGUCCGUUCACGGCUGUCUGGAGUCACCUGUUGAGGUACAGUAUGGCAGUCAGCACUGUACAGGAUUUGUCAUCACUUGAAGAUGCCUUCAAUCAGAAGAUGUCAGCAUUACAGAUUAUGAGUGACAUACGUGGACACUGGGGUGGAGACACAGUAGAUGAGUUCGAGGCGCUCAAGAAGGAACUUCAGUUGAUGCAUCAAGAGGUUUCCUUGCAGAAAAAAGUAAUUGCACAGGGUAGAAGUGAUGUAAAAGCUGCAUUCUCCUUAUUAGAGCAAAUUCAGCAGCUCUCUUCUGUUGUAUCUCAUAUGCAAGAGAAUUUACCAGGACACCUACCCCAAACUGGUAAAAAUCAGUGUGGUGUCUCAAAAAAUAACAAGAGUGAUAAGGAAAAGGAUGCUGGUAAGAGUACUUCUCAAGAAAAGGCCCCAGUAAAGGGAAAUUCCGGAAAAUCAAAGCAGAUACCGUCCAUCCAGUAUAUCACAGUAGAGGAGUUUGAUGGGGUGUCCAAGUACAUUAAAGGACGCCUGCUGUAUGAACAAGUUAAUAAUGCUGUGGAUGAAGUUAACAAAGCAAUUGAAACCAAGUAUUCCCUUAUGGCACGUCCCAGAGCCAAGUUAUCGGAGUUUGAUAUGAAAAUUGUGACUGCGUUUAAACUCCAAGAAAAUAAAGAAACUAAAGGUUUUUACUUUGUCGUCGACAAUGACAUCAAGAGGUGGAGUAAUCUGAAGCUUGAUCCAGCAGGACGAUCAAUGCUGACUGUGCUGCGUACGCUGAAACGCCUUCGAGAGAUUAGGGGUCCAGGAAGUCUGAUACGCUAUGCUGUGUCGUGAUUGUUGUUCUGUAAUGCCAAUUGAUUCCCUGGUGAUUGUCUUGUUUGAUAUCUGGUUGGCCAUGUUUAAGUAGCGUUCAACUUGGUAUGGGCUUAAGUUUGCAUUUAUUUUGAUACACUGCCAUAUUUGAAAUAAAAUUGCCCCAGGUUUUGCAUGUGAAGGUGAUGCUGCCCAUAAGCUAAACCUCUGAUGCUGUAGUGUAGGCUAACUUCACACCAGAUGGUCUGUACUACCUAGCCCAAUGCCAUUUUUACUUACCUUUUACAUUGAAGUUCUUUAUGAGGACUUACUGGCAAAUUAAAGAAAUUUUUUUUUA